GCGGCCGUGCGCCCGCGCCGCCGCCAUGCUGCCCGGCGUGGGGGUGUUCGGCACCGGGCUGACGGCGCGGGUGAUCGUGCCGUUGCUGCAGGCGGAGGGCUUCGCGGUGAAGGCGCUGUGGGGCCGCACGGCCGAGGAGGCGGAGGAGCUGGCCAAGGAGAUGAGCGUGCCCUUCCACACCAGCCGCAUCGACGAGGUGCUGCUGCACCAGGACGUUGACCUGGUGUGCGUCAACCUGCCGCCGCCGCUCACCCGUCAGGUCGCCGUGAAGACGCUGGGCAUUGGAAAAAAUGUCAUCUGUGACCGAACAGCGACUCCGCUGGACGCCUUCAGGAUGAUGACUGCGGCUCAUUAUUACCCAAAACUCAUGAGCAUCAUGGGGAACGUACUGCGCUUCCUGCCCGCCUUUGUGAAGAUGAAGCAGCUGAUCCAGGAGGGCUACGUGGGGGAGCUGCUGGUGUGCGAGGUGCAGGUUCACAGCGGAAGCCUGCUGGGGAAGAAGUACAACUGGAGCUGUGACGACCUGAUGGGGGGCGGAGGUUUGCACUCGGUUGGCACCUACAUCAUUGAUCUGCUGACGUUCCUCACCAGCCAGAAGGCUGUGAAGGUGCACGGCUUGCUCAAGACCUUCGUGAAGCAGACGGACCACAUCAAGGGGAUACGGCAGAUCACCAGUGAUGACUUCUGUACGUUUCAGAUGGUUCUGGAAGGCGGCGUGUGCUGCACGGUGACGCUCAACUUCAACGUCCCAGGGGAGUUCAAACAAGACAUUAUCGUGGUGGGCUCGGCGGGACGGCUGAUCGUCAUCGGCACCGAUCUCUACGGGCAGAGCAACAACUCUCCUCAGCGGGAGCUCCUGCUGAAGGACUCCACACCGGUCAGCAACUCCUUGCUUCCGGAGAAGGCCUUCAGUGACAUCCCUUCCCCGUACCUCCGAGGCACCAUUAAGAUGGUCCAAGCUGUCCGGCAGGCCUUUGAGGACCAGGACGACAGGAGGACCUGGGACGGGAGGCCUCUCACGAUGGCUGCCACUUUUGACGACUGUCUGUAUGCCCUGUGUGUGGUGGACACCAUUAAAAAGUCAAACCAGCUGGGGGAGUGGCAGAACAUUUCCAUCAUGACUGAGGAGCCAGAACUGAGCCCAGCGUACUUAAUCAGUGAAGCCAUGCGGAAGAGCAGGAUGUCUCUGUACUGCUAGCUCCACUCAGCUUCUAGGAGAGAAUAGGAUCCAGACAGCUCUUAAAGGAAAUGGUAAUUCGGCCCUUUUGAAGGGCUUGAACAUCUUGCAAACAGCUGUGGGGAUGGGGGAGAAGGAAAUGUGGUGUUUGGAUCAACUAAAUCUGUUGGUGGCUAAAUACCAAAGUGGAAAGGUCCUUAGAAAUGCCCAAAAUGGAUAGGAAAGUUGAGAGCUGACUUACCUGUUUUAGUAACAGUAUUAUCUGGAUGAUUGGAAAUAUGUAUCAUGGACUCGUCUCCUGCUUGCAGGUGCUUUAGAUUAUCCAAUUGUGUUUACUGUGAAAGGUUGGGAAGAUCCUUUUAGAUUUUCCUUACCUACCAGAGGGCUGUGAAGGUACUGUCAUGUCAUCAAUUUUUCUGUAGUGUCUGACAUGAAUGGUUCCUACCAUGACAGCUGACACCACCAUGCUGUACUACUACACCUCCAACCAACACACAGAACAGUGGGACUUCGUGUGAGUGUUGCGUGACGCAGAAAAUUUUGGCAGCUCACUUUUCAUACAGCUUUUCAGGAGCUUCUAUGUGUUGGUUUGGUUAAUUGUUUGUCGUUUUCUUUUAAAGCACAAUUAUGUAGGAAGAUGUGUAGCUUUUACAAAAAAAAGUAGCCCUCAACUGCAGUGCAUAUGCCCCAUUUAUUGUGGGAGGGAGGGUCUUCUGUGAGCUCAUGGUAAGCUUCAGUGUUUACUGUACAGAUUUGCUGAUUGAAAUGGGUUGUGAAAAACCUUGAUGAAUGGCAGGUGGCAUGAAAAAGUGCUGGUGGGUUUUAUUACACAGCUGAACACGAGCUAGCCUCACAAAGGUUUGCACACAAUCUCCUGUGUGUGAGACUCACUUUUGAGUGAAUUCAUCUCGCAUUUUGGUUUUAGGUAGAUAACAAAGUGGUAGAAUCUAACCCUCUAACCCUCAAACCCUGAGAUGCUUAGACAGUUCUUCUAAACUUUUGUGGAGUCACACUUGAGACAUCCACACCAACAAUUAAUUCCAUGUAGCUCAACCCCAAAGCUUUCAUCUCCACCAAAUGGUGCUUGUGACUGAAAAAUAGAAAGGGAUGAGAAAAUUUCCUGUCAUUUCCAGGGAAAAAAUUACUGUCACCUAUCAGAGGUGGGAAGAGGAAUCUCACCUCUUUACCUGCUUCAAGUGGCUAGCUGCUGGUACUGUAGUGAUCGUUCCCUGUCAUCAGUGCAGGGGUGGACAAACCUUCUUGAUAAGUUUGUACUGUCUUUUUUAAUAGUGUAGUUUGCAGUCUUGAAAGAAUAUAUUCUUUCAGUUCUUAAAAAAAUAUAGUGAAAGGCACAUGUAUUAUCCCAGUAAAUGGGCAUGCUGUUUUUCUGCAUCAAGCUGCUCCUGCGCUUAUGUGUUUACAGCACUAGGUUUUCAGAUAGGAGAAAAAAAAAAGUAGAAAACAAGCAUAUAGCACUAAAUUAUAUUAAACUUGAUAAAAACUGUUUCAGGAUUCUUUUAUCUUCAUUUUGACUAGGGGAAAGAGGAAGACAUUUGGACAAACAGUAAGUAAGAAAAUAGGACCCUCUUUUAGAUUAGUGUUGCCAUUUGGGGUUAGAAAGAGUGCAAUCAGAAUAAUUCAGGUUUUUUUAAAAAGCACUUACAGUUUUGCUACUUUUGGGAGCACUAAGGGCUUCUGAAGAGCUCCUUCAAAUGAGUCCAUCUGAUUGCUGUAUGCUCCCGCCUGUCCUGUUCCCAGUUUUAGUGCUGAAUAAUUUUGAAUAGGAGAGCAUCAUUGAUGUGAUUCAUCUCAUCUGACACAAAAGCCAGCUAAAAGUCAGCUAUGUUGUCUCCAUCAGCUCUGCAAGGACAUGGUUGUCAGUACAGAGAGAACUCUCUGUGGGGUGAUGCAGUUCCUCCUCAGAUUAACAUAGAAGCAGUGCGUACUGGAAACUCCAGUCCUCCUCCUUUGUCUGUGCAGAAAAUCCUGACUUCUACAUUUUUAGGUCACUAAUAUUAGGAAACUUGAAUCCCACCCCAAAAUUACUAGUGCAUGCUUCAUUUUUAAAGGGUAUGCAUGUGUGACCUUUCAUGAGGUAUUCCCCUAAGUGUCAGAGCGUGACUGAUGAUGGAGUAAUGUAAUACCACAAAACUGCAGCCAAGCAGAGAACUGUUCCUGUCUUAUUGUUCUGCCAGCUUUAGAGAUUGUGUUUGGGGCGGUCAGUUUUUGCAGAGGCCUCAGGCAAGCUUUCAUCGUUCCUUCUUGGAAGAAGCUUUUGACAAAUCUGAAUGUUUUUCCUACAGUGACCUAUCUUAGAAUUUCUGUAGUAGUGUCCUUGCCAACAGGAAUUUCCUAUUGGAAUUGUCGUGGUAUACCAUGAUGUACAGUUACAGCCCUUUAAAAUGCACAGGAAAGUACAGAAGACCAAAUUUGAUCAAGAAAUCAUCCCUCUCCUCUGAAAAAUUGAAUUAGCCUAAAAGGGAUCAAGAGAGAUUUUUAAUAUAAUAAGGCAGAAGCCCUUUAUUGAAAAUACUGGCAAGUUCAAGUCAUGAAUGUAAGCACAGUAGAUAAGUAACCGUGUCUAGUUACAUAUCAUCCAAAACUGGAACUAAACAUGGACCAAAAUGUUUGUGAAUCUUAUUUCUUAGUGGUUUGUGCUGGAAUUGCUGCUCAUGUCUUUGCACCUUGUUUUGGUUCAUGAGUGUGGACAGCUUUUCCUAUCUGCAUUUUACUUUUUUCAUGUGUCGUUCUGGGUUUUAUGAUUCCAGUUGGAAGAAGAUACCCUGGAAUCCUAGACAACCCUCCCUGCAGUGAGCUGUCAGCAGGUGAAACACAAGGAACAGGGACAGGUCCUGACCUUAACCGUUCUAUCUUGGAUCCGGAGGUUUCAGUGUCAGUCAUCAUCCACGCUCUGUGCAGACUUAGCAAUGCAGAACUUGCUGCUUAGCAGAAAUAGAAUGUAAUGCUUUGGUUACAGAGCCACCUGACACUUGUGUUAGUCCUGUAUUGUUGGAUCCUGUACAGCUCACUGUGUGACCACAGCUCCUAGAGAGGCAGCCAGGGUGAGCAGGGGCAGGGGCAGAGGGGGCAUCCUUUUCUGACAGCAGCACAGAUCUUAGGCUCGAUUGGGGUGAACUGUUAUCUAACUGGGACGACAGCAGUGACUGCAUACGUUCAGGAUUGUAUUACAGUUUUUCCAUUCUCUAGGAGGCGAAGAUGCUGUAGUUCCAAAUGUAAAGAUACUUAACUUCCACCUGGCUUAGAGGAGCCAGGAAUCUGUUUAUUUAUAGAAUAUGGACUACAAUUCUAAAAAUAAAUGUUACUUUACAGUCUGGGAUCUUCCUUGGCAGUAUGAAGCCCUCUGCUCUCUUGGUACAGCUGAAAAGUACAUUGGGUUGCCCUAAGUAGCCUCUGUAGUUCCUGCUGGCUUUGAGAAUUUGGGCAGCAGUUAGAAGAGAUGUACUUGACUGAACUCAAAGGCGGUACCACACCAGGGAACAUACAUUUGGAAUUGCACUUUUAAUGCUGUUCUUUAAUGCUGUGCCACAGUGUGUGAGACGAACGCUGCUAGAAUUGGUGCAGGCCUAAUGGCCAAACUGAGGCUGCUGCUGGAAUUUACAGUGGCCCCCAAAUGGGCUGAUUCAUACGCUAGAUGACAAAUGUUAAUUCCUUUUUCCCAGAGCUGUUGUUGAGAGGCUCUUUCCGUUGCCAUCUACCUGUGCACAUAGGAUACUGAACAUGAUGGUCUGUUGCCAAAGACGAAAAGAGCCAAAGGGGGGCAUCCAGGGUGAAGUGCUCUUACGCUUUGUAGGAGCCUCUUCCAGUGCUGGGAUGGUCAGCUGAAAGAUGAUGCUUUGUUUUCAAUGGGAAUCAGAUUGGGCUCCACACCAGGGGUAGUAGAGUAACCCUUCCCCGUGUCCCUGUGCUCCUGCUAGAUGCGUGCACAGCCUCAGCGCUGACCUCAGUGAAGUCCUGCAUGGAGAUGUAAGACCUCUGCAAGAGCUUUGGGUUUUCCUAUAUCUAAUACUGUGCAUGUGUUAAAUUAGUAGUACUUUAGCUGUGUAGAUAAAAAAUACUGAGUAGAGAUGGUAUGUCCUUACCCAUGCAGCCAACAAGGCAGAGAAUCAGGGCUUGCAUAGACAAGUUUAGGCUCAGGAUGGACUUUUGCAGAGUUCAUCGUUAGCAUUGGCUGAAAGCAUGAGAAAUUCCUGCCCAGCCAGCACGGGGCAAUCAGAGGCACUCUCCACUUUGUACUUCGUGUUUCCUUCUUUUCAGUAGCUUUUGAAUCACGAUGAGCAGCUGUCCUGGGAGUUCAGCCGUUCAAAGAAGAAGGCUUUCCUGCUGUGUGCAAUCACAGCACAAAGACAAUUCAGUUUCUGUUACCUUGUUUAUUUCUGUGUGCAUACAAAAGUGGAAAAGACCCAGACAAAUUAAAAUGAUUCUCUACCCCCCCCCCCCCCC